UCAAUUUUUCCAAUUUUCCUCUCCAUAUAUCUCUCCACCCUAAUUCACCACCCCUUACUCCCCAUUCUACUUUACUUGACCCCUUGGACACAAAAAGAAACACUAAAAACACAGCGGGGUUGAAUUUAAGAAAUAGAAAGUAAAACACAAAUUUCAAAUCAACCCAAAAGAAAAAAAAAAAGAAAAAGAAAAAGGAGAGAGGAUAAGUGCACCCCCUCAAUUAUUUUACUACUACUAAGCCCAAGAAAAAAAUUCACCUUUUCUUGUAAAUACUACUAUAGUGUGUGUGAGAAGAAGUUGAAGAAAAUGGUGGAAAGUUCAGUUUUGUUGGAAAAGAAUACAGCUAGUGGCGCCGCCGUGGAGGAGCUGAAAAAUGGUAUUGUCGGUGGUUCAUCAGAAGAAGAGAAGAAUUAUUCAGGUGGUAAUCGUUGGCCACAUGAAGAGACUUUAGCUUUGCUUAAAAUAAGGUCUGAAAUGGACCUUGCAUUUCGUGAUUCCAAUCUCAAAGGCCCUCUUUGGGAUGAAAUUUCUAGGAAAAUGGGUGAGCUUGGGUAUGCUCGAAAUGCAAAGAAAUGCAGGGAGAAGUUUGAGAACAUUUAUAAGUAUCACAAGAGAACAAAAGAUGGUAGAUCUGGCAGACAAAAUGGGAAAAACUAUAGAUUUUUCGAGCAAUUAGAACUUUUGGACAACCAAUCUUUACUUUCAUCGCCUCCAUCGAAUGAUCAUAUCCAAUUCAAUAGGAUGGAGACGAUAACAUCAAUGGCAAUGCCAGUGCCAAUGCCUAUGCCGAUGACAAUGAUAAAACCCGCCACUAGUGGAUGUCAAGAUUUCAGAAUUUCGGGUCCCACCCGAGGUUUCAAUCCGGAGUUGAUGUCCACGUCUACCUCCACGACCUCUUCCUCGGGUAAAGAAUCCGAUGGUAGUGUGAAGAAGAAAAGGAAAUUGGUUGGUUAUUUUGAGAGGUUGAUGAAGGAAGUGUUGGACAAGCAAGAGGACUUGCAAAACAAGUUCCUAGAAGCAAUAGAAAAAUGUGAGAAGGAUCGGAUAGCGAGGGAUGAAGCUUGGAAAAUGCAGGAAAUCGCGAGAUUAAAGAAAGAACAAGAAGCACUAGCCAAUGAAAGAGCAAUUUCAGCUGCCAAAGACGCAGCGGUGAUUGCUUUCUUGCAGAAAAUGUCGGAGCAAAACGUUCAGUUACAGAUGCCAAUGGACUUACCCCAAGUACCCCAGAAACAUGCCGAGGAACCGGAGAGUGACAAGGAGGAUGACAUGUUGGAGAAAAACAAUAUUGACAAACAAGAGAUUGACAGUGCUGGUGAGAAUUCGAAUUCGUUUCAAACAAGUUCUUCUCGAUGGCCUAAAGCAGAAGUCGAAGCAUUAAUCAGGUUAAGAACGAACGUCGACGUGCAAUAUCAAGACAAUGGAUCAUCAAAAGGGUCUUUAUGGGAGGAUAUUUCAUCAGGUAUGAAGAAACUUGGAUAUGAUAGAAAUGCAAAGAGGUGUAAAGAGAAAUGGGAGAACAUAAACAAGUAUUAUAGGAGAGUUAAAGAAAGCCAAAAGAAGAGGCCUGAAGAUUCAAAAACAUGUCCUUAUUUUCAUCUGUUGGAUUCUAUCUAUCAGAACAAGUCCAAGAAACAAUUGCCUUUCUCAGAAAAUCCAGGUUCCAAUAUGAAGGCUGGAGAGAUACUAAUGCAAAUAAUAAACCAACAACAACAACAGCAGCAGCAGCAGAAUGUUGAACAAAGUCAAUAAAAUAAUGAGAAGGAUGAAGAAGAAGAGGAUGACAAUGAAGAUUUAUAUGAAAUAGUUGCCAACAAACCCUUCUCGAAUAAUAAUAAUAAUGGAUUUUUCUUUUUUGCUUUGUGGACAGUGUACCAUUUUUGAGAAGUGGGGCAAAAUCAUUGGAGUUAAUGUCCCUUGGAAAUGUGGGUCGAGAUUCCAUUAAGUGUGAGGGAGGACCUUUCAAUUGCAAAGUUAUUUUUUACUACUAAAAAUGCACACCCAAAGGAGUGGCAUCUUUUCUUUCUACUUAUAUAUAAUUCCUUGUUAGGUAGAUAGUGUGAGAGAAGGAAUAGUUUAGCUUUGGUGUGAUUUAGAUUUUAGACUAUAUAGUAAAGUAUACAUUUUCUUCUUUUGAGGCUUUGGUUUCCGCACCAUCCCCCAUGUGUGUAAUAGUUUAAAAUAGUUGAUUGUGUUUGUAUGAAUUGAGAAUAUACUUCUGCAAGUUUGUCACAAUAUGAUUUCGGUAAUUCACUGGA